GGUCGCUUUCAAAUUGUGCUGAUGUAGGAAGUCAGCUGACUUACCAAACCUUUGCAUUGGAACAGUUAGUUUCCUGUAUCGAAAAAUAAAGCAUAUGGAAGAUGUACGCUUUACACCAAUUUAGCGAUGCGGAAGAAGAUGAAGAAUCGCAUCAACAAAUACAAACGCUGAAGGAAAAAUUCAUUCAACGAUUUGAAAAGUUAACAGUAAAAUCUGGCAUUUUUAAAGAUUUGAAUGACAAGAAGGAGGUGGAAAAAUUCUCUGCAAAGAACAACGAACAAUUGGCAGCAGAAAGCUCCGAAGGCAGUGAGUACGAUGGAUAUGAUGAAUAUGAUGAAUAUGAGGAAUAUGACGAGACUGCGUACGAUUAUGAAGAGAGCUAUACUCAUAACCAAAUCACUAACACUAAUAAUUUACAUCCCAAUCGGACAAGCACACAACGUUUAAAUAGUUUUCAACCCAAUGAGAAAUUAUUGGGGCGCUAUUCGAGGCGAAUUAAUGUUGAAAAAUACGAUCCCUCAACAGUAAUGAGUGCUCAGGCAGCCAAUCGCUUGGUGAACUUUGAUCGCCGGAAAGAUGAUAAGGUGAAAGUACGUGACAAACAUGAUCGUGCCACGGCUGAACAAGUAAUGGAUCCUAGAACGCGCAUGAUUUUGUUUAAAUUGCUAAAUCGUGGCUUAAUAGAAGAGAUUAAUGGUUGCAUAUCCACCGGAAAGGAGGCUAAUGUUUAUCACGCGGUGGCGCGCAAUGGCAACGAUGAGUUUGCCAUUAAAAUUUACAAAACCUCUAUAUUAGUCUUUAAAGAUCGCGACAAGUAUGUAUCAGGGGAAUUUCGUUUCCGCCAUGGAUACUGUCGGCACAAUCCACGUAAAAUGGUACGUACUUGGGCCGAAAAGGAGAUGCGCAACUAUUUACGUAUGUUCAAUGCUGGUGUGACUGUUCCCGAACCCGUAUUGCUCCGUUCUCAUGUUUUGGUUAUGCGUUUUUGUGGAAAUAACGGUUGGCCGGCGCCUAAACUUAAAGAUGUCGAGCUUAGCAUAUCUAAAGCUAGGGAAUUGUACCGGGACUGUGUUGUACUGAUGUGGAAAAUUUACAACAAAUGUCGCUUAGUUCACGCCGAUCUAUCUGAAUUUAACAUCCUUUUACAAAAUGGACAAUUGGUUAUUAUCGAUGUUAGUCAAGCAGUGGAGCAUGAUCAUCCACAUGCUUUCGACUUUUUGCGCAAAGAUUGCGCAAAUAUCUCAGAGUUUUUUCGUAAAAAGUCCGUAGCAACUAUGACUGUUAAGGAAUUGUUUGAUUUUAUUACAGAUCAAUCAAUCAAUGAUAAUAAUAUGGAGGCUUGUUUGGAACGUUUAUCUGAGCAAAUUAAAGAUCGUGAUUGUGAAACUUUUACAGCUGAAGAGACAAUAAAUGAAGCCGUUUGGCAAAACAGCUACAUACCUAAACGUUUAGAUGAAGUGCCACAUUUUGAGCGUGAUGUAGACAGAGCCAAGAAAGGCGAGACCUCUAACCUUAUUUAUGGAAAAAUAAUGGGUCUUAAUGAAAAGCUGCAAGUUCAAAAGAAACCGGAUAUUUUAGAAUCUUGUAAAGGAUCGGAAGAGAAUUUUGAAAAUAAUGAAAAGUUGUCGAACAAACCCCAUGAAAAAGUCGAUGAUACUUUUGAGCAAGAAAAAAGCGACGAGGAUACCCAAUCGUCAACGAUCGAGGACGAAACUAAUUUUCGAAAUUGCGCUAGACCUCGUAAUGAAUCGCCGGAGAGCAAAAGGGCUCGCAAAAAAUUGGUGAAGGAAGCCAAGGCUGAAAAGCGUCAAGUUAAGAUCAAGAAACAUAUUAAGAAACGUAAAGAAAAGGUCGGCACUACCAGGAAAUAAUAAAAUAACUUUGAAUUUUAUCGCAUUUGGAGAUGUAUAUAAGGCCUUGCCCACGUAAAAAUUUACUGUAAAUGAAUUUUUUUAUAAAUGCUUGAAAUCAAUUGAAA